GAGAUUAUGUUUACAUGAAGGAGAAGUAUCUGACGAGAAAACCCAGAGAAAAUAAAUUAGAGAACUAAGGAGAAAUUUUUUUUUUAAUGAAUUUUGGGGGUUUUUUUGAGAGUAGUUCUGGUGUUGGUGGUGCAAGAGUCGUGGCCGAUAUACCUUACAGCAACAUGCCUGCAGGUGUGAUCGCUCAGCCACGCCUCGUCGCUCCGUCUCUGGCCAAAUCUAUGUUUACUUCACCAGGCCUCUCUCUCGCUCUUCAAACAAGCAUGGAGGGGCAAGGCGACGGAAAUAGGAUUGGAGAAAAUAUAGAUUCUGCUGCAAUAGCGGGGAGGACUAGUAAGGAAGAUGGGUAUGAAAGCAGAUCUGGAAGUGAUAACAUGGAUGGUGCAUCUGGUGAUGAUCAGGAAGCCGACCACCCACCGAGGAAGAAGAGAUACCAUCGACACACUCCACAGCAAAUCCAAGAGCUCGAAUCUCUUUUCAAGGACUGCCCACAUCCAGAUGAGAAGCAAAGGCUGGAACUCAGCAGGAGGCUUUCCUUAGAAACCAGACAAGUCAAGUUCUGGUUUCAGAACCGCCGUACUCAGAUGAAGACGCAACUCGAACGCCAUGAAAACUCAAUACUGAGACAAGAGAACGAUAAGCUACGAGCUGAGAACUUGACAAUUAGGGAUGUGAUGAGGAAUCCAAUCUGCAACAACUGCGGUGGCCCAGCAAUGCUAGGCGAGAUCUCUUUACAAGAGCAACACCUUAGGAUUGAGAAUGCUCGCCUGAAAGAUGAGCUUGAUCGAGUGUGUGCCCUUGCUGGGAAGUUCUUGGGCAGGCCAAUCUCUCCCAUGCCCAACUCCAGCUUGGAACUUGGUGUCGGAAACAAUGGGUUUGGUGGGUUUAACACCACGGCAGUAACUUUGCCUUUGGUCUCUGAUUUUGGUGGUGGUGGUGGGGUUUCAGUUUCUGGUGGCUUAGCUGUUAUGCCUUCCCCUAGAACUACAUCUGCUGGCACAAACCUUGAGAGAUCUAUGUUGCUUGAGCUUGCUUUAUCUGCCAUGGACGAAUUGGUUAAGUUGGCUCAUACGAAUGAACCUCUAUGGAUCCCUAGCUUUGAUGGUGGGAGGGAGACAUUGAACCAUGAUGAGUAUAUCCGGGUUUUCCCUUCCACCAUUGAAAUGAAACCCAAUGGGUUCAUCACUGAGGCCUCAAGGGAGACUGGUAUGGUUAUCAUCAAUAGUUUGGCGCUUGUUGAGACUCUAAUGGAUGCGAAUCGUUGGGCUGAAAUGUUUCCUGGUCUGAUCGCGCGAGCUUCAACCAUGGAUGUGAUAUCGAAUGGAAUGGGGGGAACCAGAAAUGGUGCACUUCAGUUGAUGCAUGCAGAGCUCCAAGUUCUUUCACCACUGGUCCCAAUUCGAGAGGUCAAUUUCCUGAGGUUCUGCAAGCAGCACGCAGAGGGGGUUUGGGCGGUGGUCGAUGUGUCUGUAGACACCUUCCGAGAAGGUUCAACUGCUCCACCUUUUGUGAACUGCCGGAGGUUUCCGUCUGGCUGUGUGGUUCAAGAUAUGCCCAAUGGCUACUCUAAGGUAACAUGGGUGGAACAUGCGGUGUACGAUGAGGGGGCGGUGCACCAGCUUUACCGUCCUUUGUUGAGCUCCGGCAUGGGCUUCGGUGCUUAUAGAUGGGUGGCUACCUUACAGAGGCAAUGUCAAUGCCUGGCUAUCAUCAUGUCUUCCAGUGUCCCCACUAGAGAUCACACUGGGAUAACCUCAAGUGGUAGGAGAAGCAUGUUGAAGCUGGCGCAGCGAAUGACGGAGAACUUUUGUUCUGGGGUGUGUCCGUCUGCGGUGCACAAAUGGAACAAACUGCCUACCGCCAAUGUCGACGAGGAUGUGAGGGUGAUGACUCGCAAGAGCGUGGACGAGCCCGGUGAGCCACCAGGUGUGGUGUUGAGUGCUGCCACCUCCGUCUGGCUCCCCGUCUCUCCGCUGCGCCUCUUCGAUUUUCUCAGAGACGAGAAUCUCAGGAGCGAGUGGGACAUACUCUCUAACGGUGGGCCCAUGCAGGAGAUGGCCCAUAUUGCCAAGGGCCAGGAUCAAGGCAAUUGCGUCUCCCUUCUCCGAGCUAGUACAAUGAACGCGAACCAGACAAGCAUGCUCAUACUACUCCAGGAGACUUGCAUCGAUGCCUCAGGCUCUCUGAUUGUGUAUGCACCGGUGGAUAUUCCAGCAAUGCAUCUUGUGAUGAACGGUGGUGAUUCUGCUUACGUGGCACUCCUGCCCUCCGGUUUUGCUAUAGUCCCCGAUGGUCCGGGUACUCGUGGACCCACCACCCCUCAUGGUGGUUCCGGUGGAGAUGGCAAUAGCAGCAACUUUGGAAAAAUAGCAAGUGGUUCCCUACUUACUGUGGCGUUUCAGAUACUCGUUAAUAAUCUCCCGACGGCGAAGCUUACGGUGGAAUCUGUUGAGACAGUUAAUAAUCUCAUCUCUUGCACCGUUCAGAAAAUCAAAGCUGCCCUUCACUGCCAAAACUAGGCCAGG